UAUUGGGCCCCUACAACCUCAAGUCAAACUAAACUAUCGCCCAAACUCGCACGGCUCCUCCAUUCUUAAUCCUUUUCUUUUUCUUCUCUUACGUGUAGAAUGAGCAUGUUUCUUCUUCCUCUGUUAGCGCCAACACUGAAUACUGUCUUCUCCUUUAUCCUUUGCUUUGCUUUUGAGCAACUAUUCAAAACAUUAAACCUGGCCGUUCUAAUUUCUAUAUCUAUAUCAAAAGCAGCUGUUCUUAUCACCCAUGAUACUAGAUCUCGCUUCACCUAACAAUUCAUGACAAAUCUAAACAUCCCUCCACAGCUCAAUCAUGGGCUGCUGCUCAAACUACUCCUCUUUCUAUUUAUGUUGCCGUUUAUGGCUGCCCCGAAGGGAACUUUAGCUUCAUCACCACCCGAGUCAACCAACUCGUUUGAUCAAGCGCCCCAAUUCAACCCCUCACUCGCAAUCCUAAUGGUAAUCAUCGUCAGUGCCUUCUUUUUCAUGGGAUUUUUCUCUGUUUAUAUUCGCCGGUGCUCCGAGCGCAGGUUUCACAGAGGUAACUUCAACCCCACGGGCGCCCCACAAAUAUUUGAUGGAGGACGGAGGUCUCGUAGGGGGCAGCAGGGGCUUGACGCGGCAGUGAUCGAGACAUUCCCUACCUUCCUUUACGCCGCAGUCAAAGGUCACAAAAUCGGCAAGGUCUCGCUGGAAUGUGCCGUAUGUUUAAACGAGUUUGAGGAUGAUCAAACACUGCGUUUAAUUCCCAAAUGCAGCCACGUUUUUCACCCUGAUUGCAUCGAUGCCUGGCUCGCCUCGCACACCACUUGCCCUGUUUGUCGUGCCAAUUUAGUCCCAAAACCGGGGGAAUCAUCUUUCAAUUCUGCUCAACUCUUCGAAAAUGAUGGCGACACGGUUGAGCCAAACCAGCAUUCCAGUAUCUGCGAUGAGUCACAAAACCACAUUUUAAUUCACGUUUCUGAUGCUAAUGAUCGAAACGGAUCACAAUCUCCGGAAUUGACAUUAUCAAACACAGAUACUACUCAAAACCGACCACCUCGAUCAUGGUCAACUGGUUGGCGGCUUGAUAAGUUGUUCCCUAGGUCACACUCGACCGGGCACUCACUGGUUCAACCGGGACAAAAUUUAGAACGAUUUACUCUAAGGUUGCCGGAGGAGGUAAGAAGCCAAUUAAUGAACACCCACUUGAAUCGGACAAAGAGUUGUGUAGCAUUCACUAGAGCCACGAGUUCAAGAAAAGGAUAUAGAAGCAGGAGCGGAGGGAAUUGGCGCAGUAGAAACUACUACUACUAUGAACGGUUCGACCGGGAAGGGCGGCCUGAACUGGACUGUUGGGGUUUGACGGUCACUCCUUUCAUGUCGAGAAGCGGUUCGGUUCCGGCAUCAAAGCAUGGGGUUGGCGGCAGUGAGGAGGUGAAUGCCACUCCACCAAAGAGUUUGUUGAAGUCUGUUAAAUCUCCGUUUGAUAAUUUGUUUGAAAAAAGCAGUAUUAACAACGUUGGUGAACGGUCGUCGGAUCGGCUAAGGGAUGAUGUCUCAGAUAGUCAAGUUUAGAAGCUAGCUCUUUAUGCCGAAGUUUGACCAAAAAGAAUUUUUGCGUACAUAUUUUUUUUCCCCUUGCAUUUCUUUUAGAUUUUACUGUGAAAAGAAAUUCAAAAAUAAUGUCUUGAUGAUGGACCUGCAUUUGUAA